UUUUUUUGUUGUAUAUAGAGUUGCAUAAUUUUAGUUUCAAAUUUGAAUCCAAUAAGGUUGCGAGCAUAACCUAUUAGUAUUCAGUGAUAAUCGCUAGAAAUAUGUUUAAGUCCGCGGUUGUGAUUAGAGUUUUCAAUAGAAAUUACAGUAAAUUUCGGGCCAAAUACAAAGAAACCAACACUCCUUCAGCUAAAAAGAAAUUGGCAACUUACAAAGCGUUGGAGCACUUUGAUGAUUUCUACAAGCAAGUGUAUGGGUCCAAGUGGCAACUCAUCCGCAGUGGUCUGCUGUGCAAGCAGAAGUACAUUGCUGUGGUCAACAACUACUCGGACACUGAGGAGAUAUGUGCUGGCCUUGAGGCGAGGGGAGCCAUCAAUGUGAGCAAGAUUUUUAAAGCAACUGCGAUGACUCUGAAGGAUGACAAUGUGAAGGUGGAAAGGCAGAAAAGUCUUGAUAAAAUUUAUGAAAUGGAUAAGGAACAGCCUGAUGUGGUGGAGAAGGAGGACAAACCUCAAAAGGCAGAGCGGAAUUUUUCGCUGCAGAAAAGCUUGGAUGAGGCUGAGAUUGAUACUAGCAGGAUCAUAAAUGCUUCCAACUCUUUGUCACUUGGUGGUCUUCACGAGUUUAUACCUGCAACUAAGAUUAAAGGAAGGGAAGAUUUUAUCUUGGAAUCAGAUCAUUUUAGGUAUUAUUCGAAGAGCAGCGAGUUUCCUUUGAAAAUCGAACGGGAAUACAAAUUGGAAUUUCCUGAGAAUCUGCACGUCUACUGUUACGAGGAGGAGAAUCUCACCGAGUUUCCGCACCCGAAGAGCGGAUCCACGGGAGUUCUGAAUUAUUAUUUGAUGGAUGGUGCGUCUCUGCUGCCCGUCUUGGCUCUGGAUUUAAAGCCUGGCGUGCGAAUGCUGGAUGUUUGCUCGGCGCCAGGUGGAAAGAGCUUGAUCGCCCUGCAGACUCUUUACCCGGACGCUAUCGUUUGCAACGAUUCCAGCAUAUCCAGAACGAACAGGAUCAAAAACGUUUUCAAGCAGUACUUGUUCGAUUUCGAUGAGAAAUGGAUAAAGACCGGUAAGAUUAGGAUCAGCUGCGCUGAUGCCCGAUAUAUGGGAAUGGGGGAGGAGUAUGAUAGAGUGCUGGUGGACGUGCCGUGCACCACGGACAGGCACUCCGUCAAUGAGGAUGACAAUAACAUCUUCAAGGCGGAUAGGAUCAAGGAGCGAUUGAAGUUGCCCGAGUUGCAGAGCGAAAUCCUCUUCAACGCGCUGCAGAUGGUCAGUGUUGGGGGCACUGUUGUAUAUUCUACGUGCUCUUUGAGCCCCAUUCAGAAUGAUGGAGUGGUGCACAUGGCUUUGAAGCGACUCUGGGAGGAAACCAAAAUCGAAAUGGUUGUCAAGGAUAUGACAAUGGCUUUGAGGCAGGUGAAGCAUGUGUACAAGAUGGCAAGUCCCAGGUUGAUGAAGUUUGGACACCAGGUUGUGCCCAAUUCAAUGCAGAACUUUGGUCCAUCAUACUUUUGCAAGUUGCAAAGGAUCAAGUGAUCCUGACCAAGGCUGUAUCUAAUAGAUGAUGAAGAUGGGAAUGGGGUCGAGGAGGCGGAGGAGGAGGAGUAAAUAGAGGUGUAGACUGAACGUCGCUGUCCAUAUCAGAAGUGG